AUACGGGAAGUUGAAAGAAGGGAUAGGGAUGAAGACGUACUUGGACGGCCCCAUGGACUACGCGAAAAAGCUGAAAUUGCAAUUUCGAGUAGGCGAUCUGGACUUGCCAGAACGGAGGAAGAGGUACACCAGCCGUAGGAGAAAGGAAGAGGAGGAUAGACACACAUAUCCAUGUGGCAAAUCGGAGGAGAGUAGACCCCACAUAGUUGGGGAGUGUGAGUUGUACAGGAAGGAAAGAGAGGAUCUCGAGGAGGAAAUGAGACAGAGAGGGUGUGACAUGGACAAGUUUGGUAAAUUAGACAACAGCGAAAAAACGAUCGCGAUAAUUGGGGAUAGAUGGUGGGCACAAGAGGCCCUAGAGGACGGGGAUAAGAUGUGCAAGAAAUUUUUAUGGAGUUUGUGGCAGAAACGUAAAGAGCUCCCAAAUGUUGGUGGUGUCUCUAGUAGGUGUAGGAACGGUGCUCCGUCUCGAAAGGGACGCGUGGUCAAUGGUCAAAUGACUAAGGCAAGCAACAAAUGAGUACGCCCCCCCCCCCUCCCCCCCCUCCGGCAUGACAGUCCCGUCGACGUGCAGCAAUGGGCUUCCUGGAUACCAAGACGGGCAAGCUUGCUGCUUGAUGAAUUGUGGCCUGUGCGGCGGCGAUGGGUGUGGAUCUGUCAACGGAACCGCUGGCGCAUCGGACUGCUGCCCUUCCACCAUUAUCAACUCCGCACGGGUAUGCGGCGGGGACAUCGUGGCUCCGUGCAUCAUUCCUGCAACGCCUGCUCCGACACCAGCUCCGGCUCUGACUCUGAUGCCGACCCCGGUGCCCUUCCUGGCCGGAAACGCCAACGACUUCAUCAACGACACCAACGCGGCCGACCCCGGUAUGCUCCGGGAGCCCGCCAGCCUGGUGUUGCCGCUCGCAACCGCGACGGCCGCGUUCCUUGGCGCCCUGGCGUUCGGGGCGGCGCACCAGCACCAGGCUGCUCGAGGGGGGGGCGUGGGGAAGUAG